AGAAGACUUUCUGUCAAAAUGUCUGUGUUUGUCGCUGUUUUUGGCCAUGCACCUUUCUAGGGGAUUUAUUUUGAGAGUGCUUGCUUUUCUCCUACGUGAUUUUACACAAAUUAUUUGUGCCACUCUGAAAAACAGUUCCUGUCCACCACAACACACUACAGGAGGAGGACACAACAGUAGGACAACAGGAGGAGUGACACACACUGUGUGGCUCUGCUGCCUGAGCAAACGGAGAUCCGGACCUGGUGGGCGUGCCCUGCCACACCGUCCGCUCCUCUGUGCGGACCUCCGAGUACCGCUCAAUGCGGUCGUUGGAGGCUCAUUUUCCUCUCUCCUCUUCCAAAACACACUACACCACACACUAAGUAUACACUCCAAACACGCUAAACGUCACAAAUCCCAACUCUAUCUGUGAUCGCGAUCGCGGUCUCUCUCGCUGCCGUCACUCCCACAACUUCCCCCUCUUCCUCAGGAACAAAUGAUGUGUGUUGCCAUACAAUUUUGUGAUUGGUUGACGUGGUGCAUUUUUCAACCAAUAGGAAAGGGGGUGUCGUUUUUUUUUUUUUUUUUUGCUGUUGCCUUCAGCACUUUCGUCGGGCCGAACGGCCCGCUUUUACCGUUUCUUCCUGCAUCAAACGCGGAUCAAACGUGACAAAAAUAUUCAGGAAAAUCAUGGCGUUUAUUAUUUAUCAUAAGUCCGGUUUUAUAUGGCCUAUCAAGACGAUUUAAAAAGUGGUACAAAGUUUGAAGUUUGCACUUUCCACACAAAAUGAAACGGAGACUCAGCGAGGCUGCGUGUUGCUGCUACGUCGUCUCAAAUCGGUCACGUGAUUUUGACGCGCCGGCGCGGUUCUGGACCGCAGAGGGUUAAGUUUGGGAAAGUUCUGAUCACACAAACCAGGAAACAUUUCCUCGCUGUCAGUUACUUGACAGGUGUCCUUGAGGAGGAAAAUGAAUUGCAUAUAUACCUGUGAGAUUAUUAAAUGAGGGGAGCGUACAGAAUCUGACCCAACGAGGAAAUACAUUGACACAGAGUCCUCUCUGCAAACUUUUCUGAACAAAGUAAAAGCAAAAAAGAUGAACAACAUUAGGAGUGUGCAGCCUGCCAUCAGCUCUACCCUGUUGCAAUGGACGGAUGGAGUGAGACAGAGGACGCCACCGAGGCAACUAAAAUGAUAUGUAAUCUGGUGAAGGGCCAAGUGGAGAAACAGACAGGCAAGAACUACGGGGAAUUCAAAGCAGUUAAAUACAGGGUUAAGAAUGUGGCGGGAGGACAACUCUUCGUCAUCAAGGUUCAUGUUGGAGGAGCAGACUAUAUUCAUCUGAGUGUCUUCCAAAUACCUCUGCUUGUACAUGGUGUGCCGGACCCAAAGGAAAUACUGCGUGGUGUAGAGCAGCACAAAACCAAAGAAGAACCCCUCGUACCUUUCACCAACUGAUCACACAACCUGUUUCAACAGUUAAACACUUACAGGCUGCAGUCUCAUGUUAAAAUGCUCUGCUUCUUUAUUCUGAAAUAAUUUUACACAGAUAUUUGAUGUUGGGAAGAAGCAAGUUAAAUGCACUGCCUUCUAAAGAUAUAAAGAUUAAAGCAUAAAAAAACCUCGAUACAUUUCUUACGGUUCUUAUGUGCAGCAUUUGGUUUUCUUUCCUGGAGUCGGAUUUCUAACCAGCAGUAGUGGAUGUAUCUUGAAAUAGUCCACAUCAAUCAAACUGUAAGGAGUGUAGCUUUCUAACGAUAGGAUGUGUGAGUUUUUUUGGUUAAGAAGUGUACCUCUUUACGGCAUGUAGAAAACACAAGUUCCUCUAAAGACUCACAGAUGAUUUCAAUCACAGGCAACAUAACAAAGCACAGGGAUGACUGGGUUAGGGAUGGAAUAUGAGUGUGUUGGAGAAGAGGUCAGAGUGGUCUGGAUGGUCUGCAGCCUGCAGCCAGGACUUAGCAGCAGCAUGUUAGCAUGCUAGCAUUUGCUAAGUAGCAUAGCACAUAAGUACAGCUGAGGCUGAUGGAAAUAUUUUUUUUUUUAGGUAUUUUUAGGUAUUCAUAAAGCAAAGUACUGGACAUAUUUGUACCUGAAAGUUGGCAAAAAUGUUCAAUCAAUAAUUUUAAAUAAUCAAAAUAGUUCAAAUAAUUGAAAGAAAAAUCAGCAGGCCCUCAUAAGCUGGAGCACUAAAAUAUUUUGCAUAAAAAAAUAAUUUCAACAUUUAUGUAAAAAAUAGUUGCCGACUAACUUUUAAAUCUUUCGAAUAAUUGUCUCAGCUGCAUGUGUAUAUUUUCAUAUGAAUCAUUAAAAUACUCAAGUGAGGUAAAAUUACCUCAAAUUCUUACUUUAGUGCAGUACUUGAGUAAAUGUACUUAGUUACAUUCUAUCACUGAUCAGCAGAGGGACGCACAGUAACUGAAAUUACACUAAUGAACUAAGUACAGUCAUAUUUAUCAGCCCACAAAAAUAAUAAUUCAAAUACUCUAAAACAUAAUAAAAUAAAAUUGAUUAGAUGAUAUUCAUGCAUUUUAUUACUUUCCUCUUAAAACUUAUUUUUCCUCGCAUUGGCAAAACAAUCAUGAUUGUGGAGGGCUAUGUCUCGAUUUAUCUGUAUGGAUUUACAGGCCGACCUCUGAACACUAGAGGGAGUAUGAGCGCUGUCUGUUAUUACAGUAAGGACUGCUGAGACAUGAAUACAGUUUUGCUUCAGGCCCAUUCUUCAGGUGGGAUUUUUUGAUUCUGUCAUCUGUAUCAAGUGUUUUUGUUGUGUCAGGAUAUUUCAGAUGUUAGAUUAAUUUCCGUGCUGAGCUGAAUAUUAGUACAGAGAAAUAUCUGAAUGUUUUUUUUUUUAAAAAAUGAAAUCAGUUUAUUGAAAUAUGAGUUAUCAAAAACUGUGUGUUGCUUUUCUUUCUGUUGAAUCUGAUCCAUGAAACAGCUGCAGGUGUUUGAUUUCAGCUGGCAGGCAGUGUGAGAAAAGGGUUGGACAGAAAUUUUUCCACACAAGAAGGAGGACGACCAGUCCUAAUAAUUACUGUUAGAUUCUGUGCCAGCUAAACAGCAGCUGUUGACAUUGCUCCAUGUUCUUGAUUGCUACAUGAUCAUAAGAUAACACCAUCCUGUCUGAAGCUGUUUCCGUCUGCUUUAUAUUAUAGGUGAAAAGCAGACGAUCCACCCUGACAUCAUAUACACAGAUUUGUACAUUGUUCGCAUAACAUGUGUUCUUUUGUGGCAGCUCAACAGUGAGUUUAUGAUAAUUUUCUGAUAUAAUGUCUGUAUAAUAUUAUAAUCCAGAAUCUCUCCAGAUGUCAGAGAACAGGUGUGUCUGCCUCAGGUGCUGCUGCUGCAGACAAAGUUGAACUAAGGCGGUGACAUAUUUAAUAAAAGCCACACUGCGAUCACCACACCCGACCUGAUGUUUCUGGUUUUCACUUCCAGUGAACCACAGAGAAACAAGAGGACCCGCAAGGCAGCAAUCCACACAGUAAUCUGUCAAAUAGCAACAGACAAGAGUCACGUAAAGUGUCUUUCCCUUCUGUGCCAAAAAAACAACCUGUUAAUAGGAACACCACAGUGUCACCAGAAUAGAGAGGUGCAGGUGCACUGCAUGAUACUAAAUCUAUUUCAUUAUAUUUUCUGCCUUACAGAAUACAGUGAGUGUUUGAUCAUAUUUCAACAUGUUAAGACCUUAUUUGUAAAGGCAGAGGUGGUCACGUGUUUGUCCUGGGUCUAAAAAUGCCCUCUAAUAAAUGAUUAGAGAAAAGUAAAGUCAAAUAUAAAUUGAAGAAAUAACUGUGGUAUUAAAUUAUAAUAUCAAAUCA